CCCUCCCUCCCCCGCCCUCCUAUAGCUUGGAGCCAUGCAGUCGUUCAGCAGAGAGAGGAGCGGUUUCCACGGCAACCAGCCCUGCUACCAGCAGGAGCACCAUGAAUUAUCACGCCUGGAGAGCUACCGACAGCACCCCCACCACGGACAGACCAGGCAGGUCUACGAGGCGCACGCCCUGGCCACCGCUACAGGGAUGCCCCCAGCGGGACCAGGGGCCGGACCUGGACCAGGAAGUGGACCCAUACCUGGACCUAAGGACUGUUACAGCCAGCAGGCAUACCCUGGAUACCCCCAGGGCAAUGGAGGCGGUGUGGGUGGUGGUGUGGGUGGUGGAGGAGGUUCAACGGCUCAUGAUAAGAAGRCUUACAGUGGGGGGAGCCAAGGGCCUCCUCCCACUCCCCAGCAUGUGCAGGCGGGCGGCUACAGCAAUCACAUGGGCCCGGGGGGAUACCCGGCCCAGUAUAUGAGCGAGGGCCACCUCCAGCAGUCUAAGUGGGACGACCCAGCUCAGCUAGCUCAGUACGAGCAGGAGAUGGUAGGCAGGAUGGAGCCGGGUCCCCCUGGGUCCUCCCAGUAUCUGGACCAGAACAUGCUGGCUCACUCCCAGAGCCAGUGUCACCAGCCCCACCAGGCCUCUGCUCCGGUCUACACAAGCCCACACCACCAGCCCCAUCCCGCAAACCCAGGCCAGACCCCGUUGAUGUACCCCCAGAGCCACCUCCACUACCCCCAACACCCCCCGUCCCCMUCGCCAUCCUCCUCCUCCUACAUGGAGAAGUGCAGCCCCAUGCCCCACUGUUACAAGGGAUAUAGUAUGCCGCCCAGCUCCCAGUACACUAGGCAGAUGGGCAGCCACAGUGGUCUGAAGCAGGGGGGAUACCGCCCGCCACCCCAGAACAGUUACAGCUACCAACAGACUCCCUCCAGGGGUGGCUACGAGCCACAGCCCCCACUACAAGGCAUGCCCACUCCCCAGGAGACCCACCCCAAAUACCAACACUUCAGCCAGCCCCAGCAGAACUACUGUCUGUCCGAGCUGUCCGUCAGAUCCCCUGAGCAGUACUACCAGACAUGUAGUCCUGCCUCCAGCCACUCCCCUGCACGCUCUGUAGGCCGCUCACCCUCCUACAGCUCCACCCCUUCCCCUUUGAUGACCAAUCCAGAGAGCUUCCAGUACAGCCAGCCACCAAUGACCCCAGGGGCGGCUUCUUCGUCCUCCUCUUCCUCAGCGGGUCUGCAGGACCAGGGCUUGCUGAUGCCGCCACGCUCCCACCCGUCCUCGUCCCCCAACGUGGCCCACCCAACCCCACAGCACAGCUACACACAGGGGGUMUCCAUGAAGGAGCGCUUCUCUGAGAAGCUGCUUGCCAACCCCAGCCUGUGGAGCCUGAAUGCCCUCACCUCUCAGGUGGAGAACAUCUCCAACAAUGUGCAGCAGCUGCUGCUCUCCGAGGCCAUGGUCGCCAACAAGAAGGGGGGCAAGCGCAGCAGCAUUGGGAGCAGUGGAGGCAGCUCCUCCAAGAAGGAAGAGGUUUACAAAGGAGUGCCAGGAGGCCCCGAGGGUCAGCAUGGUGKGGGCCCCAUGCAKGACCUCUACAGCACCAACCAGCACCAACUCGUCCCCAUGGAGAUGCAGGAGGGGGGGUACUCCAGUAGUUCUGAGGAGCAGCUGGAGAGGGGGUACUACUAYUGCGGCCAGGGCAGGAGCCCAGCUCAGGCCCCCAACAACACACACUUGGGCCUGGACACGGCCUCAUCCUGCUCCAUGACCUCUCCGGAUGACAUGUCCACCCGGUCUGGUGACUCUGUGUCCKGCCUGCAGAGCGCGGCUUCCAGGGACAACAUGACCCCUGACCCCAGGUCACAGGGGAGUCACGAACCCCGACAAACCCCCAUGAAGAGCGUGGGGGAUGAGAGGUCCCCCGUGAGUGUGACGAUUCCCAGCCCCAUGAAGCAGGAGAGCCAGUCCCCUCCAGACAUCCAACGUCUUGGCUUGCCACUGAAGGAAAACUUUGAGGAGUUGGCCUGGACAGAGAAAAUAGCAGACUACGAGGAUGAUGGCGUGAAAAAGACCUCCGACAGCGAGAGUGGCUGCAGAGGCAGCGAUAAUGUCACAGACACCUCUGAGAAGCGGGAGAAAUGGCCAGAGGACGAGAAAGGCCCAGCRCUGUAUAGCAAGAUCAACAAAGCAGUGACCGAGGGAAAGAGCUACUGCUACGACGAGAACAUGUACCACAAGAUACAAARCAAAUAUGACCGAGGCAAGGGGGACUCGGCGGAUAAGUCCCCAAGCCUCUCAGACUCCAGCCACAAGGGAGACCUGGGCCAGGAGAUGAAAUCGGAGGCCUUCAAAUCCGAAUCUCCCACUGACUCUGAGAGCUCAGUGAAGACAUCCCCCUAUAUUUCCAGGGGUGACCUUGACCAAGAUCAAUAUUUAACAGAGAAGGAAGACAGCUCGGAGAACACAUCCCCUACCCCACRGGGCGAGGCUUUGGACCAGAGGCUCUCYGCCUCAGAGAAGAGAGAGAGCAGAGAAGAAGAGGAGGAUGAGGAGGAGGGGGAGGAGGAGAGAAAGCAGAACUCCAUAUCUUCUCCUCUGUCUGCUGAGGAGAGAGAGGGAGAAGAGAGUGAGAGCCUGCCAUCGACUGAGGAGGUCCUCAACGAUAGAACGAGCCCACAGGAGGAGCCUUCUGGAGAACUGUGCAGCAGAACAGAAGGCCAGACCUGGCUGAGCCUCAGCCUUACAGUAACACAAGCCUGCAGAGACAGAAAGCCAAGCAGCACAACCGGACGCAACAGCACAGCCAGCAGAAUCCCCAGAAAGUGGGUCAGCCAUUUGUGACACUCCACCCCAGUCUCAC